AAUUCAGAUCAAGAACUGGAAGCCGCUGGCGUUCACUGCGAUCACGGACGACGACAGCGAGCGCACGGUCGGCGACAUCCUCGGCGACCUCACGACGAUGGCCUACCUGCGCAUUCGUCUGAACAGUCGGCCGAAGCCAAGCUUUGCAGAGGACAUGAAAAACAAGCUGCUGAGACUGCUGCUGCACAAGUCUCAGGGCCUGCUCAUCAGUGCCGGGUGCCCUAUAGAAAAGAAUGUCCUCGACAUAUUAUCCGAGGGAGAUCGGCUCACAGAUGUAGCCGACGACACAAAGAAGGCAUUCGACAAGUGGUUCGAUGACCAGCUGCGAUCGCUUCGCCCGCCGGCGCCCCCUGCUGCCGCCGCCGCGCAGAUGGAACUGCCGAGUCGGACAAACAGUGCGUCGUCGGUGAGCGACAUCGCGCCGCCGCUGCCGACGCCCGCCGGAAAAUCCGCGCAGCAGCAGCAGCAGCAGCAGCAGCCGCCGGCCGGCAUCGACUUCAGCAAGUUCACGCCGCGGCCCGUCUCGAGCAAGGUGCGCAUGCGCAUCUCGUUCGACCCCGAGUUUGAGCUGCCGAAGCUGCACCGCUGGUUCGCGCACAACCAGCACCCGACGCGCUACCAGAUCCAGCAGUAUGUGCGCGAGCUGAACGAGCUGGAGUCGCGGCGCGGCCGCAAGCCGCUCGACGUCAACAACAUUGUCUACUGGUUCAAGAACGCGCGCGCCGCAUACAAGCGCGCGCUCGGCAUGUACGGCUGCGGCGGCGGCGGCGGCAUGGGGGGCCCGCUGGCGGUGACAGCCACGGGAGAGCCGGACGACGGCAGCGGCGGCGGCGGCACGACGCUAGAGGGCGCCCCGGCCGUCAAGCAGGAAGCGCGCGAUGCGGAAAUGCCGGACGCGGACGCGGCGGAGAAGGGCGGCGGCGGCGGCGGCGGCGGCGGCGGCGGCGGAAGGCUGGGGUCGCCCGCGCGCGAGAAACCCCUGUCGCCGCAACAGCAGCAGCAGCAGCGCGACUUUGGCGCGUUCUCGGCGGGCCACUGCUUGCCGUUCGGCAGCUCGUUCACGGGCAAGGGCCUGCCGACGAUGGUCAACUGCAGCUCGGUGAACAUGCUCUACAAGGCGGACUACGGCUCGCCGUACCGCUCGAUGCCUACCUCGCUCGUCAUCCGCAACAUGGUGCGCAACGGCCAGAUCCCCGACCACAUCGAGGAGCGGCGCAGCAAGCGCAAUCGCAUCUUCAUCGACCCGAUCACGGAGAUCCCGCGCCUCGAGCAGUGGUUCUCGAUCGCGACGCACCCGUCGCACGAGGAGAUCGAGCACUUCACGCGCGAGCUCAACGCGAUGGAGUACCGGCAGCGCUUCCCGAAGCUCGAGCCGAAGAACGUGCAGUUCUGGUUCAAGAACCGGCGCGCACGCGCCAAGAAGCUGAGGCUGUCGCUCGACUAAGGGGGCGUCGCCGUCGCGGCCAGGAGGAACCGAUGCUGUCGUUCAAACGGAGGGGGCACAAGUGAGAUGCUGGGUCAGUCGCCCCGGUUAGGGGGGAGUGUCUCGGCGCAAAGAAAUGCUCGCGCUCGACUAGGUGGCGCUGACAUCACAUGUCGGCGGCGGCACGGGCGCGUGAAGGAUCUUUAAACGGUCGCUGGGCGGUGGGGUGGGGGGUGUUUACGGAACGUCUUCAACUCUUGGCCCUAUCUCGUCGUACGCUAGACAAUCACAUCUAGCACCGCAGCAGUGACGGGCACGUUAGAUCGAUCAAAGGGGCAAAAUCGAAGCAGUGCUGAACUGUGAAGCUGUCUGUCUGCAUGUGUGGUAUGCUGCGCCGGCGUACGAGCGUUGCCGUUCGUGGUUAUGAGGUUUAGGCGUCGUAUAUAUGUGUCUCGGUGUCCGUGUGACCAUAAUGGUUAUUUCCCCUCCCCUUCUCCCCUCACAAAGUACACUCUAUCCCUUGUUCUCCCCAUCCAGCGUCUUGGUGUUUUAAUUUUUUUUUCCGCUAGUCACAUUGGUUUUCGGCUUGUAAAUACAUAAGGUAUCGUGAGCUGUGGGUCAUGUAUAGUAUUCACCGAAGUUGAGCAUCUGCUAAACCGUCCGAUUGAGGAGUCGUGUUUGUGGAUAGUGAAAGCAGUACAGGCAUGUGUGAGUGCUUGCAUUUAUGUCACAGACAAUCUCUAAUAGUCUAGUAGUUGUCCAUAUAAUUACAAGUGGUCGCAAGUGUACAAACUUACAUGUGUUUGUUACAUUGAGGAAUCUAAUCUACCUAGGUUCUAGUAGCUGCAAAAUGCAUAUAUGUGUAGUCGUGCGACAUAUUGUUAUAUUUUAUUGAUUGACCAAUCAUUUUUCUUGCUAAAAAUAUUUAUUAAAUCCACAGCUUACUUAUGUUGAGUCAGUAUUGUGACCGUGGGUCAUACCUGAGCUGUAUAAUAAUGAUUGUUAAUAUAUAAUUGGUUUUCCCAAUUUCUAAAUCGUGUUAACAGGUAAAGGAUGGAAUUAAAAUUGGAAGUUGCAUUGUGAUCAUGUAUCAUACAUGCAUAAUUGUGUGUGUGUAUGUGUAUGUGUGUGUGUGUGUGUGUGUGUGUGUGUGUGUGUGUGCGUGCGUGCGUGCGUGCGUGCGUGCGUGCGUGCGUACGUGUGUGUAUAUAUAAAUAUAUAAAUUGGGAGAGGUGUUUCUAUCCGUGUAUAAAAUUAGGAAAACGGUUCACAUUUUUAAAUGAUUUAUUACGAAAAAUGUUUUGUGAUGUUAACUUUAUGUACCCUGGGAAAAUAUAACUGUUAGUUCCAGAGCAUGUCUAAUUUCCAAACAUGUUUACAGUCACGGCGCAUCAAAGCAAGUAUGUGUGUGUGAUUCACAUUUACAUCUCAACGGUGGCUUUUUGUGAUAGGUCAUCUGUUACAAAAAAAAACUUUACGAACAAGUCAUAGACUAAUACCUAAAGGUUUACCUAAUUGAACACUGUGAAAAUAUAUAAAGCCUUUAUAGUACGUCUCGUCUGAUAAAGGAAUUAUGCAUUAUCUAUGAGUUUUACCCUACGGUGUUGUUAAUAAUGUUUGUAUAAGUAGCUCCUGUUACAUGUAUGUAGUCGUGUUUUUCUCUUCUUCUGUCUGACAUGGCUGUAAAUUUUGUCAAGUUGGAUCGUCAAGCAAUGGUACAUUUUAUAAAUGUAGUUUUGUCAAAACAAAGCCUUACCCCUUUGUUGUAAAUGGUGGAAAUGUUAAUGUAUUUUUUGAAAAUAAUAAAUAUAUAAACGUCCUAACCUGCUU